ACAAAAGCCACCCAAGCCAGGCGGCGCCCCACCGCCAGCGCCGACUGCGAAUUUGGUUCGACGUUCAGCCUCGUCGACUGCCCAGCUAUGGUCCUGGAGCACAGAAGAGCAGAAGCGCAGUCGCGAUAGCCAGAACCCGGGCCACAGAUACCGCAGUCGUCCAGCACAAUCUUACAUACACGCAGAAAGCUUCCAGACGAGUCUGUUCAAAGUUACCGCGACGUGCGUGACGCGGCGUCCAGCACCCGGCAGACACACUUCACGCCACCAAAACCCGGCACGAGACAGACAGGUACGGAACAAUGAGACUCACGGUCGAGCUCCUCCAGAACUCGCCGUCGUGGCUCAAUGCGCUCAAGGAGCGCGAGCUAGACCUCCGAGGACAUCGCAUUACCACCAUUGAAAACUUGGGUGUCGCAGGCCCCCAAGACGCCAUAGAUUUUGUCGACAAUGACAUCCAGGUGCUCGGCAACCUCCCACUGUCGCCGCGGAUAAAGAGCCUGCUCCUCGCACGGAAUCGCGUCACCACUAUACAGCCCACGAUAGCCAACUCGAUCCCGAACCUUACAAACCUCCAGCUCGAGUCAAACAACCUCAGAGAACUGGCAGACCUUGACCCGUUAGGGUCAUUGCCAUUUCUGACACACCUGGUGUUGAAGGACAACCCGGUGACGAAGAAAGAGCAUUACCGGUACUGGGUCCUCUGGCGGUGUCCCUCUGUGCGAUUCCUUGACUACCAGAAGGUCAAGGACGCCGAGCGGCAGCAGGCGCGCGAGCUAUUCGGCGAAUCGGCAGACACGCCGACCGAGCUCGCUUCCAAGAUCAUGGGUGUCCGGUCAAAAGCGUUUGACAGCAGUUCCUCUGCCAUGGCCAACGGCGGCUCAUCUGGGUCGACAACCAGUCUGCCAACCCGCAUGUCGCGCAUCAAGCUCACCGACAAGGAGAAGAAGAGGCUACAGGAUAUGAUCAAGAACGCCACAAGCCUGGAUGAGAUCACGAGGCUCGAGACGAUGAUUAGGGAGGGCAGAAUACCCGCCGGCGUGCAGAUUGCCGGGGAUGAAAUGGAGGAGUAGGCAUCCGAACUCGGCUCGAGUUGUGGCCGCUCUCUUCAGGAUCCAUAUCAACUGAAUGAUUUGAGAGUCUUGAGAUCUAAAAUCGCCAUAACAAAGUGGAAUGCCAUGCUCCA